AUGACAUCCUUAACUUCAAUGCCUGAAGCUUCGACAUUUGAGGCGCUUAUAUUCGUGCAAGGGCCCACGAGACAAGACAGACCCAGCAAUGCGGCGCGACGGGAGCUAGACAAGGUUAUCAGAACGACCAAAGCCCAUUUCCCAGGCCGCCAUCGGGAAACCGAACCAAUACUCGACCUCGACCUCGGUCACGAGCUGAGAGAUGGAGAGUUCAGAGAGAUUAGACGAGUUCUGGAUGAGACUGGGGUGAAAUACGAACUCGACGAAUAUAUUCAUACUCUGUACAUUUCUGCAAUGACCAUUCCCAUCCAUGACAGCUUGGAUGAAUUCGCACUUUCCUGUUGGUUACGACUGAAGAGUGAGACCUUUACGUCAGAGGCGAAAUGUCUCCGAGCUGGUGUUAACUCAAUGCGCCUUGACGGAAAUAUCAAAAGCGAAGGCACCAAGCCUCAGGCAAGAAAGGUCCCCCGAUUAAGCAUUGGCUUUUUAUGA